AUGGGUAUUUGGACAGUUUCACACACCAAGUUUGUCUCAUGUUCAGUUCUUGCUGAAUUUGUUUGCUCAAGCAGUUUCCCGAAGUCUACUCAUUUGGAGAGGGGUCUUCAUGGUCUUGAGCCGCUUGUGGUUGCCAAUUUUCCUACGAAAAAGUACAGAGAAUUGUGCUUAUCGUCAAAAGAGAAUUCUCA